AACUCUGCACCACCUUGUAUGCCGAACAACUGCAGGUCUUUCAACUUUCACUAAAUUAUACUUGAAAAAAUGGCUGGCCAUUGUGGAUGCCGAAAGCCCUCAGAAGGAAGCUGCAAUCGACUCCCUUGCAGUGCUCCGGCUGUCUCUUUCCUCUGUCCAACACUGCAGUUGAAUUUCAGGCGGCAGUCAGCGCCUCCCCGAUUUUCUAGAAAUCCAAUGUGAUUCCUGGUCGCCCGUUCUUUCCAAUGCCUUCCCAUGUAACCACCCGCUUGGGACACUCUGUUGGCUCUUCUCUUCAACACUGGAGAGCGGCUACCGGCUAUCUUGCGCCAGUGAUCAGAUAGCAGUUGAGACUACAUAUGCUCUUGAGAAACAUGGCUUUCUCCGAUGACUUUGGUGACACUCCACCCUCAAUAGUGCCCUUUUCGGUUUCCAUGCGCCGCGCAUCAAAACGCAGAAGGAGCAGACUUGCGAGAUCGGAAACUCAACCAUUCGCGUGCGAGGAAAGCGCCCAUUACCCGGUGUUUAAUCCAAAUGAUCCUCGACAUAAUCCCGCUCUCGAGAGAAGCGUGUGCCUGGAUGAUGUUGACAAUAUCCCACAACCAACUCACCCCGCCGGCUCGAUACGUUGGAUGCAGGGCCUUCCUGGGAGGUCUCUGCGGAGAGCACGCUCUGGGCUCCAGGCCCUGAGAUCUGGGCUACAUAGGCGUCCUAUCCCAGGCGUUGAUGGCGGACAUGCGAACAAUGGACUGUGGUCUUCGUCCGAUUCUGCGGGGGCCUCUUCUAGUCGACACGCACGUUUCUUUUCGUCAACAGUAUCUGAGGCCAGCACUGAAGAAGACUAUGAUUUUGGAACCGACCUCUAUCGCACAGGUUGCAACACCUACCCGGGCAACACGCGCGAGAGGAGCAAGGACAUCAGUAUCAGCUCCCCACCCAACAUUCCAUAUUCUAAUCCCGCUCCCCUGUCAACAUCAAGCACGGUAGCAGACGCCACCCUCGCUCCCCCCGAGGAAAUGACAGCAGAUCCCUUCCCAGAUAACAGCCUACCUUCUACUGCGGGCCAAGAUAUCCAUAACUCCGGUAAUACGCCUGGCGCCGCAUUAGAAGACGAAUGCACAGCAGAGCCGCCUAAGUCUUCUGAACACCCACGUCCUGACGAGGAUGUUCCUACGCCUGUGGAGUCGUCAAAUCACAACUCGCCUAUAUCCAGUAUUCAGCAGAUACCGGUCGAUUCGAACGAAGUUGUUCCGGGUACCUUUGCUGAUUCAGAUAUCUCACACGUCUCGGGAGGGGAGACUGACGCGAUGAUUGUGGAUGACGCUUCCCGCAGGUCUUCUUCGAGUGUUGUGCGCCAGUCUCAAGUUGAACCAAUACGAAGUGGUGAAGUUGAAGUCACCGUGACUACAGAAGAAAUUCACACCACUAGUUCUCAUGUAGACUGCCUUGGGACUGGAAUUGUUGAAGAGGGUAUUGUCCAAACGCCGGCCGCGGAAACAGCCUCCUCGAAUAAGCUCAGCGAUAAUGCACCAGCAGUACCAGCAGUCGAACUUGGAGGACUGGGGGGUAUCGAGUAUUAUCUGUCGUCUCUGAAUACGUUGGGCGCAAGUGAUGCCUGUGAGAACAAGACUAGUGACGAAGAGCCGAGCCCCAAUAGCCUUAGUGAGGAAGAUGGGCAGGCACAUUUAAGCCCUUGGAUACCAGCUGAAAAACGCGAUCGAACAUCCCCGCUGUCCCUACAAGAUGAAUACUUUUUUGUUGACGGCAAGUCGACUGAUCUUCGACCCGACAGGGGUGACAACCCCAUCAAGGGGGAACGCGGAUUUGUUGGUGAUGGUGGAUUGCACAGUGGCCCAGGCCUCGACCGCAAUCUCUCAAUUCGGACUCAAGAUAUCCCUGAAAUCAUUGGGCCAGGAGGAUCAAUGGGAAUUCCCAGCCCACGGCCGUUACGAAGAGACCGAGAGGGCAGCGACUCAACUGAAGAGUAUCUCGUCACGUAUUCCUUGUUGCACCAACAUUACUUUUCGUGACGAUCUCUUGCCUUAGAGUACACGUCUAACUUUAUGCAAUCGUUUCCAAACAAGUAUACUCUGCAUGUCGAAAGUGCAGCACUGUGACAUCGUUAACACGUUAUAUUUCUACGUUAUCAAGGCCUCUGGAUUGAUUAGGACCUAGGGCAUAUUGGCAAGCAUGGUUGGAAAGGCACCACAGCAAUCUUUUCGUUGGCAUUAUGCACUUUAGAGGACAAACUGGGGUAAAUAUCCAGAUGGAUAAAUAUGUCUAUUAUGCGGCCAGUAAAUUACUUGGGGUACAAAGAAUCCAUAAAAUCUGUAUAUGGUAAAGUCUAGCA